UCGGCCGAGGUGCGCCACACAGAAAGACAGAAACAAAUAAAACAAAUACAAGUAAACCAGCAAACAGACAAACGAGUCAGGGAAACUGAGGGACACUUUUGGACAUUCUGCCAUGGCAUUUAAAUACCCAGCUGCCCGAAGGGAUGAAAGUAAGGUCGAUGAUUACCAUGGAACUCCGAUCUGCGAUCCCUACAACUGGCUUGAAGAUCCUGAUAGUGAGGAGACCAAGGCCUUUGUCGAGGAGCAGAACAAAUUGACGAUGCCUUACCUGGAGCAGUGCGCCGUCCGAGCUCAGUUCCAACAGCGUCUCACCGAGCUCUACGACUAUCCCAAAUUCAGCUGCCCUUUCAAAAGAGGGGACAGGUAUUUCUAUUUCCACAACGAGGGUCUUCAGAACCAGGACGUGUUGUACGUGCAGGACUCUCUGCACGGGCCGGCCACCGUGUUCUUUGACCCCAAUGCUCUGUCCGAAGACGGGACCGUGGCUCUAAAGAUGGGCCGUCUGUCAGAGGAUUGUGAAUAUUUUGCGUACGGCCUGAGCUCUAGCGGCUCAGACUGGGUGACAGUGCAUUUCAUGAGGGCAGAUGACCUCAGCCUGCUGCCUGACGUACUGGAGAGGGUCAAGUUCAGCUGCCUGGCCUGGACCCAUGAUGCCAAGGGCAUCUUUUACAACUGUUACCCACGUCAAGAUGGAAAAGCAGAUGGCACGGAAACCACCACCAACCUCAACCAGAAGCUGUACUACCACGUGAUCGGCACCAAACAGUCAGAGGACAUUCUUGUCGCAGAGUUCCCUGAUAAUCCCAAGUGGCACAGUUCAGUGGCAGUAUCAGAUGAUGGCAGGUAUGCUGUUUUGUCCAUUACUGAGGGCUGCGAACCUGUCAACCAACUGUGGUACUGUGACCUCCAGCAGCUGACCGAUGGCAUCACAGGCCUGCUGCCUUGGGUCAAGCUUGUAGACAACUUUGAGGCGCAGUACUCCUAUGUCACCAAUGAAGGAACUGUGUUCACCUUCCGGUCCAACCUGGAGGCCCCUCGCUAUCGUCUCAUCAACAUAGACCUGCAGAAACCAGACAGGCAACACUGGAGCACACUCAUACCGCAGCAUGACAAGGACGUCCUGGGUUUUGUUUCCUGUGUGAACCAGCGCCACCUCCUGGUCAACUAUGUCCACGACGUGAAGGACAUCCUGCAGCUCUAUGAGCUGGCUACAGGCCAGCUGGUCAGGGACCUGCCACUGGACGUCGGCACGGUGGUCGGUGUGAGCUGCAAGAAGAAACACUCUGGAUUCUUCUACAAGUUCACCUCCUUUACCACCCCAGGCAUAAUUUACCACUUUGACCUGGGCGAGGAAAAGCCAGAGCCGCGGGUGUUCAGACGGGUGGAGGUGAAAGGCAUCAACCAGGAAGAUUAUCUCACCACCCAGGUAUUUUAUCCCAGCAAAGAUGGAACUAAGAUCCCCAUGUUCCUAGUCCACGCCAAUGACCUGAAGAAGGACGGGACUAAUCCUGUCUUCCUGUAUGGAUACGGAGGGUUUGAGCACGCCAUACAACCUCACUACAAUGUUGCUUACCUGCUGUAUGUGAGACACCUGGGAGGGAUCCUGGCAGUGGCCAACAUCAGAGGAGGUGGAGAGUAUGGUCUCACUUGGCACAAAGCUGGUACCUUGGGGAACAAGCAGACGUGCUUUGACGACUUCCAGUGUGCAGCAGAGUAUCUGAUCCAGGAGAAAUACACCACAGCCAGUCGCAUCGCCAUCAACGGAGCCUCCAAUGGAGGGCUGCUAGUGGCCGCAUGUGUGAACCAGCGUCCAGACCUGUUUGGCUGUGCUGUGGCUGAGGUCGGAGUGAUGGAUAUGCUGAAGUUCCACAAAUUCACCAUCGGUCACGCCUGGACCACCGACUACGGCUGUGCUGAUGACCCAGAGCAGUUUAAAUGGCUCUUCAAGUAUUCUCCUCUCCAUAAUCUGCCUCCAGCUCCCUACGCCGGCUCUCCAUACCCAGCCAUCCUGCUUCUGACAGCGGAUCACGACGACCGCGUUGUGCCUCUCCACACCCUGAAGUACUGUGCCGCCCUGCAGCACGGCGUGGGCAGCAGCGCCACGCAGCGCCAGCCACUUAUGGUCAGGGUGGACACGCGCAGUGGGCACGGUGCAGGCAAGCCCACUGCCAAAGCCAUCCUGGAAGACACACACAUCUUCGCCUUCAUCGCUGAGACCCUCGGGCUCAGCUGGAAGGAGUGAGCAGGGAGGAAAAAAAGGAUAAGCAAGAGGGGAAAAACCUCUUUCUUCUUUUUUUCUUUCCAAUUCUUU